AGACUAUUAUAAUAAAAGUUAUUUUAAAAGUUAAAAAUGGCAUCUUCAAAGAAGGCACCAGAAUUGGUUGUUCUGCAGGAAUUCGCUGAUAUUAUACAAGAAGCUAUUGUAGAGCCUCUAUCUCUUUCAUCCAAACUUUAUUCUAGAGAUAUCAUUGAUAGGAAAGUCCAAAUGUCAGUCCUGGAGCACGGGAGUAGCUCUUAUGACAAAGCAAUGACUCUUCAUAAAGCAAUUGAAGCUAAGAUACAGGCAGCAGGGAGCGAAUCUGAAAGGGCUAAAAUAUUUAUGAUUGUUCUUGAGACAAUGGAAGAUCAGAUACCAUUGGAUAGUGUGGCUGAGAGGAUGAGAGAUAGAUAUGAGAAAGUUAAGUCAGAGGGGCCAACUGAAGCUGCUCCUACUGAUGAAUUAGCUGAUCUAAAAUCAAAGACGCCUAUAAAGCGUCUAAGUGAAGUGUUGAAUGCAUUGAUUGAAGCAUCAGACAAAUGGUAUCAGAUUGGUAUACAGUUGGACAUCCCAUCACAUGCAUUGAAAUCCAUUCAAAAGGAAAACCGUGAAGAUAAAGACAGGCUCAUGUUUAUGCUUGAUCAUUGGAUAACUAAUGAAAAGAGUGAAGUAACAUGGGAAUCAGUCAUCAAUGCUCUGAUUUCUCCUUCUGUUGAGCGCAGAUCAAUUGCUUAUAAAGUGAAAGAAAAAUUUAUAUCAUCCAGUUAAUUAAUCAGACAACUAAUAAUAAUUAUGUAGUACUUUUAGAAUUGAGUUUAUACUUAUCCUA